CUCGGGCGCGGAGACGGGCGGGUCUGAGUACAGCCGUAUGUCCUCUACCAGCAGUGAACUUUCCGUGGAAGGUAUACAAGACCCAUUCCUUGUUAGUGUACAUAUUAUCACAGACCCAGGUGAAUCCAAGACUCUUCAGCAGGCCAUUGAUAAGCUCCUAGCCUGGAUCCAUCCAGACCUGCAGCUGUUUCGGGUCUCAGAAAGAAGAGUGCCCAGGAAGCGCAGGAAGCCGGCCAAGGCUGGUGUUUCUCAGCCAGCCCUUGCUGUCAUUCUGUUCCUGCAGGAGGAGUAUGGAGAAGAGCCCAUCUUGCAGCUCCACGAGACUUUUCAGCGGCCACCUUGGCAUUACCACCACACAGAGCUGAUGCAUGGGAAAUUCCUGCCUUACAUGCCGUGCAGCCAGGACUUUUACACUUUGGCUCCAGACACUCCCCUGUGGGCCAUUCGCCCAGUGCACUACGGGAAAGAAAUGAUCCGCUUCACCAUCUACUGCAGGAGUGAAAACUUCGUGGACAUUUUGAAAUUGUAUGAGUUAAUACUGAAAAGGCCAAUGUGUCAGAAGAAAGCGGACUUCUGUGUUUUCCCUGUCUAUUCUAACAUGGAAAUAGACAUUCAGUUUUCUUUAAAAAAACUCCCAAAGGGGCAAGUUCCAGUGAGGACAGAGUCAGCCGUGCUGGAGUUCAGAGUCAAAGAUGUGGGGCAGCUUGUGCCUCUCUUGCCCAACCCUUGCAGCCCCAUCAGUGAAGGCAGGUGGCAGACAGAAGACCAUGAUGGAAAUAGGAUCCUUUUGCAGCAAGCACACAGUUGGUGUAGGAAGUCUGCAAAGCAGAACAAGCAGCCAUAUCCAUCUGUGCCAACAGAUUCUCACUUCACCACUCUGCCAGCCUUUCUUCCUCAGAGCCACCGAUCUGUCUCUGAACAGCCACAGGAAAUGGGUCAAAAAAAGAUGCAUCACACGAAUGGCCUUGGUCAUUAUCUUGGCUUCUCCCAGCAGGACUUGAGGCAUGGUGAUCAAGGAGACUUCACACGCAGAUCCAGGAGUGCCUCCAGCAUUUCUUGGUCAUUUCAACGAAGCAAGUCUCUGUUCUGCUUGCCCACAGUGAGCUCCUCUUCAGCAUCAGACACAUUUCAUGAACCAUUUCAGUUUUUAAACACUGGGUCACCUACAACCAGGUUAAAAACAUGGAAAUGCAGCCACAAGCUUAAUAUUGAUGACUUGGAGGGUGCUCAAGAGACUGAUGUGGACACAGGGAUGAAGCUGUCCUUCUCAGACCUGUCUGUGGUUUCUGCAUACUCUGCCCUUAAUGGAUUUUGCAGUGAGUUGGAAGACUCUCUUCCAUCACAGAAACAAACUGUCAGUAGGACUAAACAGGCAGCCACCAGUGGAAGGCCUGUAUCAGCCAUGUGCAAUACUUUUGAGUCAGUUGAUGGUUCACUGCCUUCUCUUUCAGAAUGGUCUUCCAGCUCUUUCAUGUCAGCUUCUCUCUCCGAGCAACACAAACAGCCCUUGAGAGCAGCUCCCUGUUCUCUGGAUGAUCAUGUUUGCCCAACUUCACCAGUUAAUGAAGAAGAAUUUUACAUCUGA